UUUAAUAAAAUUUAUUGUAGUCAUUUUCAUCUUUGAAAACUAUUUUGUGAAAAUAAAUUAAAAAUUGAUAUUUUAGAGUACAACUCCAAAUCCUUGAACUGUAAAUGAAUUUUAUGGCAAUCCUACAUGUUAAUCUACUAACUCUUCAUUCCUUCAAAUUAACAGAGUUUAGAUCCCCAAAGAAAAAAACUAAUUCACAUCUUUUGUGAUAUUGAUCAAUGCAACCUAAGAAAAAAAAACUUUAUCCAACGACAAUUCCAAAUUACUACUUAACAUGCAUAAGAAACAUCCAAAUUACAAUUUACAAAUCCACAGAAUUUAAUUACUUCUUAAAUGUUAAUUAAAAUCCAUAUGAUUUUGUGUAGUCAAAAGACAGGGAAAGAGCUUCAAAGUUGCUUUAGCAGUUAAAAAGAAGAAAAAAAAAAGUAAAUGAAGCAUCAAACGACGCCGUACGCAGCCCGUUUCGGUUAAAAAACGUGAAAUCUGAAUCUCUCAUUCGCUGUCCGGAUUCCGACAGAUAGACAGAGGAGAGAGAGAGAAGGCGCGAAACACAGAGCUAGAGAAAGAGAGAGAGAAGGACGAUCCAAUUCCAAGAGCAUGGAUGAUUCUUCGAACGCGAAAUCUAACCAAUGCCCGCCUCCUCUCUCCAACUCAACUCCGACGCCGUUUCGAGGACCGUACCAUCGUCGAGCUCAUUCCGAGGUUCAGUUCCGUCUCCCCGAAGAUCUAGAUCUCUCCGAGCCCUUCGGAGGGUUCGACGACCUCGGAUCCGAAGAUGACAUCUUCUGCACCUACAUGGACAUCGAGAAACUCGGAGGAUCCGGAUCCGAUUCGGCCGCUCCAAAGUCCGAUAACCCGUUGUUUGCCGGUGAAGAAGGUGGGAGCUCGAGUUCGAGGCCUAGGCACAGGCACAGCCUCUCCGUCGAUGGUGGGUCUUCGAGUUUGGAGUCGAUCGAGGCUAAGAAAGCCAUGGCUCCUGAUAAGCUCGCUGAGCUUUGGGUCGUUGAUCCCAAGAGAGCUAAAAGGAUAAUUGCUAAUAGACAAUCUGCUGCUCGUUCAAAAGAGAGGAAGGCUCGGUACAUUAUGGAGCUCGAGAGGAAAGUUCAGACCUUGCAAACUGAAGCUACUACCCUUUCAGCACAACUCUCCUUGUUCCAGAGAGACACAACUGGUUUGUCAUCUGAAAAUACAGAGCUCAAGCUUCGUUUACAAGUCAUGGAACAACAAGCCAAGUUGCGAGAUGCACUAAACGACCAACUCAAAAAGGAAGUAGAGAGGCUGAAGUUCGCCACGGGAGAAGUCUCACACGCUGAUGCUUAUAACCUCGGGAUGGCACACAUGCAAUACUCUCAACAGCAGCAGCAACCACCACAACAACAAUCCUUCUUUCAACAUCAUCAUCAUCAGCAACAACAAACCGAUGCUCAAAACCUGCAACAGAUGACUCACCAGUUUCAUCUCUUCCAGCCCAACAACAACAACAACAACCAAAACCUAAACAUUAUGCAUCAGGCUACUUCUAAUGCCUCGGGUCAGUCUCAUUCCUUUGCAGAGGCAAUGAAUGAAGACCCUCUUGGCCGGUUACAGGGGCUUGACAUUAGCAGCUGUGGCAGAGGCUCGAACUUUGGUAGGUCUGACACCGUCAGUGAAAGCAGUAGCACGAUGUGAGUCAGCCUUGUGGAUAAAUCCUAUUCUUUUGCUCUCUCCCUUCAAAAAUCUUUAGCUAAAUAUGGUCGUCUGAUUCAUUUUUUUUUAAUUCUGUAAAACUUUUAUUUUCUUUAUGAGGGGGUUUCAACAGAGACACAGGUGUUUUUAACUUUUCUGAUUCAUAUUGUUCUUCCUUGGGAGCUAUCAAAGUUGAACCAGUUACUUUUUUUUUAUGUUUCUUUAUGUGCUCUUGCUUCUUCAUUUAUUCCUGUAAACGUUGGAUUUUGCUUUGCCUUUAAACCAGAAAAGAAACUGUUUUUAUGUUUCA